UAGAUGUCAAACAAAACAUCCCAGGAAAAACACAUCAAUUGCAACGCCGCGGAAAAGUGUGUCGUGAAUAUUGUUCCGUUUGUUUAAUAAGCAAAUAAAUCUUCCACCCUUGCCGUGUACCAUGGCGGACGAAGGGAACGAAGACAGUUGGCUGUAUGGGAACUCGGGCCAGGAUGGUCCGGCGAGCGAUUCAGCCGCUACCAUCGACGCGGAUGCACGAACACUCGGCAAGGACACCGCGCUAUGGGACGAAGCGGAAGACUCACAAACGGCAACACGCGAUGCCGGUGAUUCGGACCCGAAACGACGGGGAUCGAACGAGAUCAGCGGCGCACCGGAUGGCGAAAAUGGGCUGUCCGCCCAGGAACAGCAGUGCGAUGAUAAUGCGAUGGAUUCGAGCGAUCUGCAGCAACACCCGGGUGAUGGGAAUGCUCAUGCACCGGACGAGAGUAUGGAUGAUUCCCAUCUGAUGGACGAUGACAGGACGGAAAGCGAGCUGCGGGAGGAAGAACGGACCGCCGUCCGUAGACAGGCGGAAGCUGACGAGGCCGAUAAAGCGCGUGGCGAUGAUGAAGGUGACGAAGGCGAAGGCAGGACGGAUGAGCAGGACAAAACGGAGGCUGGCGAUGGGAAGGACAAUGUGGAUGAUAGCGUAAAGGACAAGGGAGGCUUAAGCGACAUGGAGAGCGAUAUCGAUAGCGACGAGGACGACGAUAUUAAUGUCGUGAUCGGGGACAUCAAAUCGGGCCCUAGCUACAACAUCAUCAAACAGCGCGGCCCAAUCAUGCCGAACCAGACGGCAGCGAAUGCGGCAGGCGUAACGGACAAAACGAAGCAGCCGGCCGGGAAGUUUAGCAUGGAAGAGUUUGAAAGCGUGGGAACGAUCAACGGAGUGCCGGCGCACGAGUUUAGCAUUGACUCGCUGGAUGAAAAGCCUUGGCGCAAGCCGGGUGCGGAUAUUACGGAUUACUUCAACUACGGAUUCAACGAGGAAACGUGGCGAUCGUACUGCGAGCGACAGAAGCGAAUGAGGCAGCACGAGAGUGGUGUCGGCAUGGCGGGACUGACGAUCAACAACCCACAGGCAUCCGGGCCGCCGAUGGGCAUGAUGCGCGACAUGAGACGGUCGGGCGGCCCGAUGGGUGGUGGUGGACCGAUGGGCGGACCGAGAAAGAUGAAUGGACCGAUCGAAGUGAUUGGCGGUGGGCCCGGUGGUCCGAUGGGUGGAGGCCCAAUGGGCGGAGGUGGACGGAGAGAUGACGGGAUGGCCAUGUCGAACCAGCCGAAGGAAAAUGUCAUUCAGGUGAUGACGGCGGACCGCCGGGAGUACAGUCGAACGGUGGUAGGCAACAAGUACGAUCCGUCGAUGGGAGGCGGUGGCCCGCCCGGAUUUGGUGGAGGACCGCCCGAUUUCUAUCAUCCCGAGCCGGAUUACGCCGACUACUACGAUCCGAUGCAGGAAUCGCAGUGGGGCAACGACAACGGCAAUUGGCAACCGUCCGGCAUCAAAACGCUAACGCCCGGUCCACCGAUGAUGCACCCGGGGAUGGGUGGAAUGGGCCAGCAGCAGCACAUGGACAUGAUGGGCCCGGGAGGCGAACGGAUGGUAAUGCCUCCGCCACAACAGAUGCAGCAGGGCAUGGGGCCGGGACCGGGUAUGGGUCCCGGUGGUGGAAGAUUGCAUCCACCCGGCAUGGGUCCGGGUGGACCGCGUGGUGGCGAUAUGCGCAAUCCUAACGACCGCAAACGAGGUGGAGACCCCCGUGACCGGGACCGUGAUCGUGAACCGCCGCGCAGAGAUCGUGAUCGUGACCGUGGACGCGACCGGGAACGUGAGCACGAGCGCGAUCGUGAACGUGACCGGGAACGGAAAGAACGCGAAAGAGGCGAUCAUCGAUCUGACCGGGACGCAAACCACAUCGCACCGAAGGAAGAGCUACCAGUCGAUCCUGUGCUGGGUGUCGGAGGUCCGGUCGUACCACCAGCGAUAGCAACGGCAUCGUCCUCAUCACGCGACGACAAGGAUAAACGUUCGGCCAAGCCGGAUCGGCACAAGGAUCGCCACCGCGAACGUUCCCGCAGUCGCGAGCGAUCCAAAUCGCGCCGUUCCGAUAGGAGUCGAGAGCGGGAGCAGCGGCACAGCCGAGAUAAGAAAAAGUCUCACCGGAAGGAUAAAGAAGAUGGGGAAUGAGAAGGGCGCAAAGGGGGGAGCGCGCUUCUAUAAUGCUUCGCUAAGAGGUUACGUACAUAAUAUUGAACUUUAGAGUAACAGUAGCUGGAGCUGCCCCUGUUGCUAAAACAGUUUGGCACGGCAUCAGUUCGGACGGGAGCGCGUCGUGUGUGUUCCGAAGUACCGAGAGAAAACAAAACUUGAGCCACAUACAUCGGUAUGUUAGAUGUAAGAAGUAAGAUGGAUGUUUUCGUACAAUGUAGGUAAAAUACAGAAUAUUGGAAAAUGAAAAACAAUCAUUUUCAUCGCCAGUAA